AAUUGCAGCCUUACUUCUCCAAGGUGGAAGAACAGCACACUCAAGGUUCCGCAUUCCACUGAAUAUAACCGAAGAAUCAACGUGUGAAAUAAAACAAGGCUCACAUUUGGCUGAUCUGCUAAAGAAAACCUCACUUAUACUGUGGGAUGAAGCUCCAAUGGCAAACAAACAUUGCUUCGAGGCACUGGAUAAGAGCCUUAGAGAUAUUCUUAGGUUCACAAACGAAAAAAGCGAUGAAAAGCCAUUCGGUGGGAUGACGGUGGUACUAGGAGGAGACUUCAGACAAAUCCUACCAGUUAUAACAAAAGGGAAGAGAGAGCAGAUCGUUAAUGCUUCAAUCAAAAGAUCAUACCUAUGGAAGCACUUUGAAAUAUUUGAGCUCACAUUGAACAUGCGGCUAAAGUGUUUGUCAGAUGAUCCAUUACAAAAACAAAAAGUUGCUGAAUUUGCAGAGUGGAUACUACAGAUUGGUGACGGAAAAACAGCAACAGAUGAAGGAGAGGAUUGGAUUAAAAUACCAAAGGACCUAAUGCUACAGAGAGGAAAAAAUGCGAAAGAAGAAAUAGUCCAAAACAUAUACCCAAACUUGCUGCAAAGAUACCGUGAACGAGAUUUCCUAGAAGAAAGAGCAAUACUAUGUGCACGGAAUGAAACAGUCAGAGAGAUAAACGAGCACAUUAUGACACAGAUACAAGGUGAAGAGGUGAUAUACCGAAGCCUAGAUACUGUAUGCAAGACAACAACUAGCAACAGUAGAGUGGAGAACAUGUGUCCUACUGAGUUCCUAAACAACUUGAAGUUCCCAGGAAUCCCAGACCAUCAGCUAAAACUGAAGGUAGGUUUGCCAGUGAUGCUCUUACGCAAUAUCAACCAAGCUGCAGGUUUAUGCAAUGGUACAAGAAUGACAAUAACACAACUUGGAAACAAGUUCAUCGAGGCACAAAUUAUUACUGGAACACAUGUUGGCGAAAAGGUAUACAUACCUCGGAUCAUCAUGUCACCUAGCGAAUCAAAAUGGCCAUUCGUGGUGAAACGAAGGCAAUAUCCAUUAUCUGUAUGCUUCGCAAUGACCAUAAAUAAGAGCCAAGGUCAAUCCUUGAACAAGGUUGGAAUAUAUUUGAAUAAGCAAGUAUUCUGCCAUGGACAAUUAUAUGUGGCAUUAUCAAGAGUCACAAGCAAAGAAGGAUUAAAGCUCCUCAUCGAUGACAAUGAAUGUCCAAGUGAAGACAGAGCAAAGAAUAUUGUUUAUAAGGAGAUAUUGUAAUAAACAAACGAAUAGAAGAUACUUAUAAAUGUAAGAAGGACACGCUAUGCCGGUACACAGGUAGAGAGUAGGUUUUGGGAUGAUCCCCCAGAUUUCUUAGAAAACAGUCUUACGACUGAUUGUAAUCCAGACCAAAGCAGCAGGUUU